AUGGCUUGUAAAGACAAGCCUCGUGGUGAUCUUCAAGUUCUUUUGAUCGUAGCCACAGUUUUGAGCUGUUUUCUUGCAGCUUCUGCGACUGUCUCCGAAGCCAAUGCCCUUCUGAAAUGGAAGUCAACUUUCACGAACCAGACAAGAACUUCAAAGCUGUCUUCUUGGGUCAAUCCAAACACCAGCAGCUUCUGUACCAGUUGGUAUGGUGUUUCCUGCUUACGCGGGAGCAUCAUACGGUUAAAUCUCACUAAUACCGGUAUCGAAGGUACUUUCCAAGAUUUUCCCUUCUCUUCUCUCCCCAACCUCACUUAUGUUGAUCUUAGCAUGAACCGUUUCUCUGGAACCAUCCCUCCUCAAUUCGGACAGUUAUCUAAACUCAUCUACUUUGAUCUGUCCAUAAACCAGUUAGUUGGGGAAAUCCCGCCUGAGCUUGGGAAUUUAAGUAACCUAGAAACUCUCCAUCUUGUCGAAAACAAGUUAAACGGGUCGAUUCCAUCCGAGAUAGGUCUCUUAGCUAAGGUUCAAGAAAUAGCCUUGUAUGACAAUCUGUUAACUGGACCAAUACCUUCUUCCUUAGGGAACCUAACCAAACUAGUUAACCUCUACCUCUUUAUCAACUCUCUCUCUGGUUCAAUUCCUCCUGAGAUCGGAAACCUAACCAACCUUGCUGAGCUAUGCCUUGACAGGAACAACCUAACCGGUCAAAUCCCUUCCACUUUUGGAAAGUUGAAGAAUGUAACCCUUCUCAACAUGUUUGAAAAUAAGCUCUCGGGUGAAAUCCCUCCUGAGAUUGGUGAUAUGACCGCUUUAGAUACCCUUAGCAUCCACACAAAUAAGCUUACCGGUCCAAUCCCUUCAACCUUAGGAAAUCUCAAAAGCCUAGCCAUUCUUCAUCUUUACCUGAAUCAGCUUAAUGGUUCCAUUCCUCCGGAACUAGGCAGCUUGGAAUCAAUGAUUGAUUUAGAGAUAAGUGAGAACAAACUCACCGGUUCUGUUCCUGAUUCAUUUGGCAACUUAUCCCAGUUGGAAUGGUUAUUCCUCCGUGACAACCAGCUUUCUGGUUCGAUCCCACCAGGAAUCGGCAACUCUUCACACCUAACCGUCCUGCAACUCGACACCAACAACUUCACCGGUUCCUUGCCUGAAACCAUCUGUAGAGGUGGCAAGCUUGAGAAUGUCACGCUGGAUGAUAAUUUCCUCGAAGGUCCCAUUCCUAAAAGCUUGAGAGACUGCAAGACCUUGAUCCGAGCAAGAUUCAAGGGGAAUAGUUUCUCCGGAGAUAUCUCUGAGAUGUUCGGAGUUUACCCAAAACUCAAUUUCAUUGAUCUCAGCGACAACAAAUUUCACGGAACGAUAUCAGCCAAGUGGGAACAAAGCCAAAAGCUAGUUGCAUUCAUAAUCUCCAACAACAACAUCUCAGGAGCCAUUCCGCCUGAGAUUUGGAACAUGACACAGCUAAGCCAGCUCGAUCUAUCUACCAACAGAAUCACUGGUGAGCUCCCCGAAUCAAUCAGCAAACUCAACCGUUUGUCAAGACUACAACUGAACGGGAAUCAGUUAUCCGGGAAAAUCCCUUCAGGAAUCAGACUCUUAGCCAAUCUUGAGUAUCUUGAUCUAUCCUCAAACAGAUUCGGCUUCGGUAUCCCCGCAACGCUUGACUCCUUGCCAAGGCUUUAUUACAUGAACAUGAGCAGAAACGAGUUGGAUCAAAGCAUCCCAAUGGGAUUAACAAAGCUGGCUCAGUUACAAAUUCUUGAUCUCAGCUACAAUCAGCUCGACGGAGAAAUCCCAUCACAGUUCAGCUCCUUACAGAACCUGGAGAGACUCGACCUCUCACACAACAAUCUCUCAGGUCCCAUUCCAUCAAGUUUCAGAGAGAUGUUGGCCCUUACACACGUCGAUGUAUCACACAACAACCUCGAGGGUCCAAUUCCAGAUAAUGGAGCGUUCAAAAACGCAGGUCCAGAUGCAUUGGAAGGCAACAUAGAUUUGUGUGGUAACACAACACAAGGUCUGAAGCCAUGUCCAACCACUUCCUCUGGAGGCAAGAAAUCAAACAAAGACAGAAACCUAAUCAUCUGGAUACUAGUACCGAUCGUUGGAGCGAUCGUAAUCCUCUCUGUGUGCGCAGUUAUAUUCAUCUGCUGCCGUAAGAAAAAGCCCCAAAUCGAUGAGAAUUCAGAUACUGAAUCUGGAGAAACGUUAUCGAUCUUUAGCUUCGACGGGAAAGUAAGAUACCAAGAAAUCAUCAAAGCGACUGGAGAAUUCGACCCAAAGUACCUGAUUGGAACCGGAGGACAAGGCAAAGUGUACAAAGCAAAGCUCCCUGCGGCGAUCAUGGCGGUCAAAAAGCUCAACGAGACAACGGACGAGGAGAUAUCAAAGCCGGCGGUGAAACAGGAGUUCCUGAACGAGAUUAGGGCACUAACGGAGAUCCGACACAGAAACGUGGUGAAGCUCUUCGGAUUCUGCUCGCACCGCCGCAACACGUUCCUGGUGUACGAGUACAUGGAGAGAGGAAGUUUGAGGAAAGUAUUGUCGAGCGAUGAGGAAGCUAAGCAGCUAGAUUGGGGAAAGAGGAUCAAUGUCGUGAAAGGUGUGGCUCACGCAUUGUCGUACAUGCACCAUGCCCGGUCGCCUCCGAUCGUACACCGAGACAUUACCAGUGGAAACAUCUUACUCGACAAUGAUUACGAAGCUAAGAUCUCCGAUUUCGGUACUGCGAAGCUUCUCAAGCCGGAUUCUUCCAAUUGGUCCGCCGUUGCCGGAACCUACGGCUAUGUUGCUCCAGAAUUAGCUUAUGCAAUGAAAGUGACGGAGAAAUGUGAUGUAUAUAGCUUUGGAGUAUUAACUCUGGAAGUAAUUAAAGGAGAGCAUCCGGGAGAUCUAGUUUCAACUCUAUUAACGUCUCCACCGGACAAAACUAUGUCGUUGAAAAGAAUUUCCGACCAUCGGCUACCUGAACCGACGCCGGAGAUCAAAGAUCAGAUUUUAGAGAUCGUGAAAGUUGCACUUCUGUGCUUACAGUCUGAUCCACAUUCUCGCCCAACAAUGCUUUCUAUCUCCAAUGCUUUUUCGUAG